CAGUAAUAGGCUUUAACAUUCUUGUGUCCCUCUUAUUUCGUCCGCUACCAGUCCCACAACCGAAACUCAAAAAACUGGAAUCUGGGUGCGCUGGACAAUUUUUUGUUAUUGAAGUAGCCUACACAACAGUUUUGUUUCCCUUGGAUAUGCCGUCCGUAAAGGAUUUACUAUUGAGUUACGAUGUCAUUAAUGAACAGAGAACGUUCUCGGAGGGGGAUUGUAUAACAGGGAGAGUCACUUUACAAUUAGCAAAAGAGACCAAGAUUCAAAGCCUUUGUAUUAAAGCUAAAUGUGAUGCAAAUGUACGUUGGACAGAAAAACGUAAUGAUAAAACCCACAGCUAUACUUCGCACGAACGAUUUUAUAAGCUUAAAGAUUUCAUGAUUCAAGAAACUUCGAAUGAGAAUGUGCUUCCACGUGGAGCUCAUGUCUUUCCGUUCAGCCUCCGAAUACCCAUGGGAAGCAUACCAUCAUCCUUCCGAGGUCGCCAUGGGAAGGUAGUACACAUGCUAGAAACUGUACUGAGCAGAAGUUGGAAGAUGGACCGCACAGAAACUCAGGAAUUAAACUUUGUCUCCAAGUCUAACAUGAAUUAUACUGGCCCACUCAUGUCUCCUCAGGUUCUUGCAAUAGAAAAGGACUUCACCUUCUCCUCAGGAAAAAUCAACAUGGACGUCCAUAUCGAAAAGAUGGGUUUUAAACUAGGUGAAGUGGUGCAUGUCCGUGCCAACAUUGACAACUCUUCUUCAAAAGAACUUACACCCAAAUUCAGCCUGACUCAGACAGUGGUGUUCAAGGCUCAAAGCUCCAGAAAUGUUAAUAAGAAUACAAUCUUUAAAGCGGUUGGGGACUGCAUCUCCGGAAACACCCAACAGACUGUUAAUGUGGCUUUGAAGAUUCCUGCUGACCAAACUCUGACCAUUCUAAAUUGUAGCAACAUCACAGUAGAGUACAAGCUAAAAGUGUAUUUGGAUAUCAGUUUUCACCGAGAUCCUGAGGUGAAGUUUCCCAUGGUUCUCAUACCUGUUGACUACCAAGCUAACAUGGGUGGAGCAAUGGGAUCCAACCCAUCUAUGGUCCCAAUCUACAGUGACUUCUCCACCCUUGCUCAAUUUGGACCACCCCCUCAACCACAACAAUCCCCGUACCCAUUGGCCCCCACAUCUCAUUCACCACGUAAAGUCAUUCAUCCACCCCCUGCCCCCAUGUAUAACCCUACCCCGUAUGGUCCAGUGUACAACCCUACCCCAACUGCCCCCAUGUAUAACCCUACCCCAACCGCCCCCAUGUUCAACCCCACCCCAACUGCCCCCAUGUUCAACCCCACCCCAACUGCACCCAUGUACAACUCAACCCCAACUGCCCCCAUGUUCAACCCCACCCCAACUGCCCCCAUGUACAACUCCACCCCAACUGCCCCCAUGUACAACUCAACCCCAACUGCCCCCAUGUUCAACCCCACCCCAACUGCCCCCAUGUUCAACCCUACCCCAACUGGCCCCCUGUACUCUUCCCCGUAUGAGGCUUCAAAUCUGGAGCUACCCCCUUCUUAUUCCUCCCUGUUCACUCCGUCUACACCUCAGUCAGAUCCCCCGAGCUACAGUGAUGCCAAAUAGACUUCUGAACCACCUCAAAUGUGUCCAACACACACAUCAGUGUUGUGACUGUUAAGCAGAUGUGUAUGUGUCGAUUUCAACAGAUGUCAUAAAGAAGUUACAUUCUAAAUAUGCCUUGCUGGAAAGCUUGCCAUCUAACCCAUAGAGUCAAAUAGCUGCAAUUGGCACAUUGGUAUUGGCAUCAUUUGGUUAAUGUUAAUACCCUGGUCAGUUUCCCAUCUUCCUUUAAACAUAGGGGAAUAGUUUGGGUUGUUUGGCCAAUAUUAAAACCCCCACACUAAUUAGAAGUUACAUUCUAAAUAUGCCUUACUGAAGAGCUUGCCAUUGGCCAGUAGAAUGUGCAGCAGCUUUGCAGUUUACUGGCUUCACUGGGUACUGUACAGUCUGUGUCAAAUGUGUUAACAAUACUAACAGGUAAAAACAUUUCAAAUAUUUAUUUUAUUUACUAACAAAAGUCUACCUUCAAUCUUAGUAGACAAAACAAAA